AUGGCUUGCUAUAUCGAAGAUUGUAGCAGUUUCCCACUUUUAAUAUGCAGCUGCUCAACUAAAGGGACCCUUAUAUGUGCUGAUCACUUUGAAUCCCAUUUGUCAGAGAUCAAUAAAUAUCCUCACAUCGCUAAUUCUAUAUUUGACUCAUCAAUUUUAGAGUCUCGAGAAAGAUUAAAGGAAAAUAAUAAAUCCACAAUAAAUAAAAGCCUCGAAAACUUUUCUGAAUCAAAAUUAUCACUACUCAAUCCUAAACUGAAUAAAAUUGAUAAAGAAAUACAAUCUUGCUUUAUUAAAUUGAGAAGCAGUUUAUCCUUAAGACUCAUCAAGAAAAGAAAUUUGGUAAAUAUUACCCUUAAUGAUUUUUCAAAAUCAAAAAAUCAGUACUGCAUAAAAUGCAGCCAAUCUGGAUGCAAGUGCUAUUUCAUACAUUAUAUUAAAAAUCAUGAAAAAACAUGCAAAUUUACUAUACGCAAUUUCGAUGAGAAGUUAGCUUAUUUGAUAUCUCAAGAUAUUUCGAAAUGGAAAAACAUUGAAAUUUUUAGAGAUUCUUAUUUCAACAAAAUUGACAUCAAAAAAUACCCUGAGAUUUGCGACAUCUUAAAAAAUAUUCUAUCAAAAAAGUUGCAGGAUGGACUAUUUAAUUUGGUAUUAUUCUCUAAUAACUCCCUUCCGUAAGUGAACAAAACUAAAAUCCAUCCUCUGUGAGCGAACAAAAAUGUUAUAAGAAAAAAAUUUUGAUAUAUAAAUAAUAAUUAAUAUAAUGAAAUCUCUAACUACUUUUGUUAAUUUUAAAAAAUUGCGUUUUAAAACAUAAAUUUUAUAAAUUAAAUUAACAUUUAUUUUCCAGUUUUUGCGGUUGGGAUUUUUUAAAUUUCGAGAGAAAAUUCUAUAAAAUUUAUAUAUAAAUGUUUCAACAAAAAAAAAUUAACCCCCUCCAUGAGAAAAAAAUUUUUUGUUCGUUCACGAAGAGCGAAGUAAAGAAUCUACAGAAGUAUCUCAAGGAUCAAGCAACGCCAUUACAAUCUUAAACCGCCUUGGCUGUUCAUUAUCUCAUAAAAACUUAACAGGCAUAAAAAUCCCUGGAGCAGAUUUAUCAAGCUCCCUUAUCAUCGGCACAAAUUUCAAAGUAAGCGACCUUACGAACGUAAACUUUGCAAACUCAAAUCUUUACUCAGUCAAUUUUAAUGACUGCUACUUGGCUGGAGCUGAAUUUAGCGAAAGCUUUUUAAGCCCUAUUAAAACUGCAGGCAAUAUAGUAAAAUUUUCUCCUUGUGGGAAAUACAUAGUCCUCUGGAAAGAAAACCAAACUGAAAUUUUCAUAUGUGACAUUAGCAACCAGGAAAUAGUGAAAACCUACCCCACUGAUCAUAUAGUUUACCGUUGUGAAUAUUCACCUUGUGGAAAUUAUUUGGCGAUAGUCCAUCAAUAUAAAGUAACAUUAUGUAAUGCAAAAAUUUCUGGUUUGGUUGUCCAUACUUUUGAUGGAAUAACAGAAGGUAUUUGUUCUUUUGCUUUUUCGUUAUGCAGUACAUGGUUUGCGGUGGGGCUAAGCAAUAAUAAUAUCAAAAUUUGAGAUAUAAACACAAAGACACAAGUGAGGUACUUAUGUGGGCAUGAUUUUCCUGUGAUUUCUCUUGCAUUUACCAAGAACUACUUGAUAUCUACAAGCUAUUGAGGCUUGAUUUUGAUAUGAAAUAUUAAUCUCCCAAAGAAAAAAACUGUCAUAGAUAAAUUAGGAGUUAUUAGAACUGUCAAUAAUAAGCAAUUAGUAUGAAAACUCAAAUCAAAGUAUGGGCUCGCUUGAGCAGUAUUAUCACAAAAUGAAAAAUAUAUAUUUGCUUCAAGCAAUAAAAUAAUUUUUAUAUGAAAUUUAGAAAAAAAAGAAGAAGAAACACUAUUUAGUGAUUUAACCAGUGACUUUUAUGAUUGAGCUCUAUCUCCAUGCGCAAAAUUUAUAGCUGUUUCAAAUAGGAAUGGGCUUGUGCAAAUUUUUGACAUCGAGAGUCAGGUCUUUACCUUUCAGUUUCUGAUAAAACCUUGAAAUCCCCCUAAGAUCGCUUUUUCUCCUAAUGAUGAUAAAUUAGCAAUAGUUAAUGAGUAUGCUAUAUCAUGAAAAUACAAAAACCCAUCAUCCAAAAACCCAGAAAUAGUCAUCAGAAAAUCUUCUUUUAUGGUUGUAUGGACCCCAAAUAAAGAUCAAUUUGCAUUAAUAUCAAGAGAAAGUGCCGCUGGCCUGAUUGAAAUAUGAAGCUGCAAAAAUAAACAAGCGGUCCGGGAAAUUAACUGGUAUUUUGGAUUGGAGAUAAAUCCUAUUUUUGCUUUUACUCCAUGUGGAAACUAUCUUGUUCUGUCCAGCUCUUGUGGUCUUCAUUUGUAUAGAUCAACUGUAGAAUUUGUUAGAAAUUAUCCGCUGGGAGUUAGCUCAUUUGUGAUUUCUAGAGAAAGUCUUAUUGCACUCGGUUUUAUUGAUGGCCGCAUUGAAAUAGCUGACUCUCUUCUAAAUUGCAAUAUACAUUAAAAUGGCGAUAAAUGUAAACCUACCCCUUGGCGCAGCAGUCAGACCUUAAGAUUACGGCGAACUGGAACAGACUUUAGCCGAGUAGCAAGAGCAGCCCCAGUAAAUGCAGCAUUGAGGAGGUUUUGACUAAUUUCUUGUGGUUGGAAAUGGACAUGCUCAAAAUAACCUUCAGACUCUUGAGCAUCCUCUAUCGAGAACCCAGAAUUUUUAUGGCUCGUAAUAAUGUUAAUCCCUUCUAAGUUGCAAACAGCUUGCAUUUAAAAGUAAAUUUUUUUUAUUUAAAUUAGUAAUUGGGCGCAAAAAUACUUAAUUAAUUAUUAGGUUUUUAACGUCUAAUAUCGCAUUUCCCAUGCAUGCUUCUGUCCUUAUUCCAUAAAUUAAGGUGUUCUUAUAUCGAUGAAUAUCUUUUCAGUUCUCGGGUCUUGACGUGAAUGGCCUACAUAGAAAAAUCAAAAAUAUGGAUUUUCUGGUUAAAUGGAGGAAAAAGUUUCAUUUCGAAUACCAAGGCAUGUUACUCUUGAAUUCACUGAUUUGCUGCCCGAAGGCUGGCUGGUGCCUAUAGUGAUGGCUGGCUAUCCCUUUCAAACUUAAAGUCUAGGUAAGAAAGCUAAAUAAAGGCUAGAUUCCAUAUUGCUUACCUAGCAUGGCUGUUAUUACUGGGAUUGGCAAAACCUUGCCAUAUAAUUAAAUAUGCACUCAAAACUUGAUGCUGAAAUGCCAUUUCCAAGACUCUGUAGUUAGUUAUAGAUAGGGAGAAUGCCUAGCUAUAUAUAAAUUAGUAAUUAAAACUCCAAAAGAUUAUUAUAGCAAAAUUAAACUUUCUGUUUGAAAAAAGCUCGCUCUUUAUAUAAGUUAGGGGGAGUGAGUUAUACUCAAAUAAGCUGAUAUGCAAAAUAAAUUCCUCGACAAGUAAAAAUGCACACUGUGAAGCUAUGAAAUGUCUAGCAUUUUCUUGCAAUUCUAAUAUACUUGCAUCUGCCAGCAGUGGCAGAGUUAUUAGAUUCUGAAAUGUUAAAACUGGGGAAUUUAUUUCCCAGAUUCAAAUAAAGCCAAAUGAAUUUUCUAAUCUCCAUUUAGCCUCAAUUGAUUUUGCACCCUAUCAAAAUUACCUUGCCUUUACGACAAAUCCAUGCAGUUGGGUUACUGUUUGUCAUGUAAACUCUCCAGAAGAAGAAAUUAGACUUUACGGAUCAAGCACUCUAGCUCCCCCUUCCGUGAGUGAACAAAAAAUUUUAUUUGCUAAAGGAGAGGGGCUAUUUUUUUUUUAAAAAUUUAUAUAUAUAAAUUUAAUAAAAUACAUUUUUUUUCAUAAUUUUAAAAAAAUCCUGAUUUGCAAAAUUGGAAAGCAAAUAUUAAUUUAAUUUAUAAAAUUUAUGUUUUAAAAUGCAAUUAAACAGAAUUAGCUAAUGAUUUCAUUAUAUUAAUUAUCACUUAUAUAUAAAUUUUUUUUCAUAAAACAUUUUUGUUUGCUUAUGGAGGGUGGGUUUUUGGGCAGAAUAUAAGGAUUUUUUUAAUGGUUUUGUUCACUCACGGGGGGGAGCAAGCUACUCACAAUUAAAAUUUUCUCCUUGCGGAUCUUUGCUAGCUGCCAUAAAUUUGAAUUUUACUAUUGACUUGUGAAAUUUUGAAAAAAGAAUGUUGGUUUAUAUUCUGAAAGGGCACUUGGGAAUUAUCAACUCCUUUGAUUUUUCUCUAUGCGGCAAAAAGAUUAUAUCUUGCAGCGAAGAUAUGACAAUAAAAUUCUGGGAUAUAAAGCACUUGUAUGAUGAUUCAAAAGAAGAAAGUUUGACCUGCCUAGAGUGGUCAUUAAAGAAGCAUGAGCUAGUUGCUUUUGAUAUAUCAUUAUCUAGAGCUGUAAUUAGUGAAAAAAAUAGGGAGUUGUUGGAUUUCUUUUCAAAAAGACAUCUGAUAUAA